ACGAACUACUACGUAGGAAGUAGUUGAGACCUCAACAGAAAGCCACCACCUAUGCAGCUGUACAAAUCACCUCAACUAUCCAAUAUCAGAUGGUGAAAACCACGAGGCGACCAAUGUUCCUCUCCGUCCUUAUCGUCUUGUUCGUGAUCGGGAGCUUGUCCAACAACAGGUUCUUCGUUUCGGCACUAAUCGACUGCACCUUCGGCGAUCCAGUCCUGGGCAACCAGCAAUGCGUCCAGGCAUACCGCAGCGGGUCGGUUUGCAACGAGAACGGAUUUUGCUCCAAUCCGUUCCGGAGCGGUUGUCUCCGCCAGGUUCUCUCCUCGGACGAGAGCUUCGUCCGGCUCCGAGCGUGCAACAGCGACGAUGAUCCCGGUGCCGAAGACAGGGGCGAAUGCGUGGCUGGAGAUUACGAGGAAAUUCGAAUGCUUUCCCAGGACUGGGAGGCCCCAAUGAUGACCAGCUGGAUCAUGCAAAUCAUUCUGUCCGAGGUGCUUGGCGUGCCAACCACCCUGGAAACGAGCCAACCCAACUCGGAGGCAUCUAUGAAUUUCUACGAUCCCGAUUUGCGCUUCUCGUACAGCAACGACACAUACGUGAGUUGAAUGCCUGAUUCCGCGUUUGCCUUUCCCACCCUUUUGGAUCACCACGAAAUACUCUUGUGUUUGCCGUUUCUGUAACUCUUUCAUCGCUAACGACAAUUGUGUCCGUUCACGAAAAAAAUUGAUCAACAUCGAUGCCCGACGUCAGGACUACGACGCUAUUCGCACUUCUAUCGAGCACGGGAGCUGUGCAGACAUCCGAAAAAAAAACGAAAAACAAGGUUGGUACAGGUCUUGCGCGGACGUCAUGCCGGAGGCUUGGAACGGCCAGAACUCUAACAUAGAAGAAUAUGUCAAGGAUGGUAUCAUUGAACCUUCCACUGGAUCAGGUAAGGAAUUUUGUCCUCAUGUCGAGAUAAUGAAAGUGUCGGGUGUUGCAAGCACCGUGUGGUUUUGCAACUCGUUGCCAUCGCUAUUGAUGAUGAUGAUGAUGACAAUGACAAUGACGAUGAGGAUAUGAUUUCACUAAUUCGCCCACUUUGUCAUGGACCCCCGGAAAACGUCAACAGGUGGAGUUGCAAAAUUCUCGUGGUACAUUCCAAAAUUUGCGGCCGAAAAACAUUUCUACGUUUUGUCGCAUUAUGGAAUGAAGGAAGGAACGGACCUCGAGGUGCGACGCCGCCUGGCAGAAUUGUUCCUUCGCCCGCGAAAAUGGAAAUUUUUUUGCGACGAGGUCUCCCCGGACAACUGUGCUUCCCCGUUCUACGACGAAGAGGGUCGUCUCAUUGCGGCACGCGCCCCGGAAGACGAGUCGGAAGAGGGCCUGUUUUUCAAGGCGGGGCUCUACCACGGUCAUUUUUCGGCGUCCGAGGAGAACGAUUGCGAUGCAAACCCAACCACUUGCACCGGGCACAUUGCGAGUCCUCCGUGCACGUGGACAAACUACGUGGUUCCACAGCUGCACUAUCUCGGAAUCCCCGUUUGGUCCAGCGGCACUUCAACGGCUGCAGGAAACUACAGUAAGUGAACCGUGCCGACUCGAAUCCUAACCACAACGGAGUCGAGCCACCAAUUCUGAUCUCUUUGUCUGUUCUUUGUCGCUUCGACCACGGAAACAAUCCGCCCAAAAACAGAGUAUGGGGAGAUGGUAGGGAUUUAUCACGCAGCCAACUAUACCAGAAGCAACGUCCUUUUGUACUGGUACACACCCGAUCCAACAGUGCAGGAGUACAUGGGCACCGAUGCCGAGUUCACGCCCAUUUUUCUUCCCCAGGCUACAGUAGAAUGUACAGAAAACCGCAUCACCGAAAAGCAGCGGUGCUCCAAGAAUCCAGACGAUUGGAUCGGGGAAGAAGCGGGUUCUUGUGAUUCGGAGAGUUUUGCGGUUCAGAAGCUAGUUGUGUCGAAUAUGUACAAUCGGACGUACGGCAACGACAAAGCCUCACGCAGUCCUGCCUAUAGAUUCAUCAAGGGGUUCCGUUUGAGCGAUCUUCAGCUGGAGUUUAUCUACCGGCGCUGGUAUGCAAAGGGGAUCGAUCGCUGGAAUUACGACAACCGAGAAGCCGUGUGCUCGUGGGUGGGUGAUAACAUCGAUAUUCUGAAGGAUUUUAUUCCCGACACGUUUCCUCGAUCGAUUCGCAAGAGCGAGUAUGGUUCGCCGAUCCUGAUAACGGCAUCGGCGGUUGCUGCGAUUGCCAUUGUUUUGGUGGUCACCACCUCUCUCAUGACAUUCCAUUACCGCCACAAGAGGGUGAUGGUUUAUGCCCAACCCGUCUUUCUUUACAUGCUCCUUUUUGGUGCUCUGUCGCUCAGCAUCGGUGCCUUCUUGAGUUCGUUGCCACCAUCCGCUGCAACAUGCAUCCUCGAAGAAUGGUUCGUCAUGGUGGGUUACUCCUUUGUUCUCGUUCCGCUCAUUGUGAAGGUUGCCGCGAUCAAUGUGCUGUUUCAGAGCGCGGCAAAAUUCAAACGAGUACAGAUUGCCCACAAAAAGUUGUACAAAACCAUUGGUGCCAUCAUUGGCUUGGUGGUCGUUUUUCUUACGAUAUGGAGCAUCGUUGAUCCGUUUACAAAGACGUCGAGGAAGUACCUUACCGGCGAAACCAAUACACACGGCGGCGAGAUCGUCGAAAUGUAUUUCACCUGUUCCAGCAAGAAGCCCAUUUGGCAAAUCAUCCUUUUUGUUUACGUGUUCUUGCUCAUCAUAGCCGCAACGGUGCUCGCCGUCCAGACCCGAAAGGUGAAGCAAGAAUUCAACGAGUCCAUCCGGCUCGGACACGUCGUGUAUACGCACUUCCUCAUCGAACUGCUCCUGGUGCUGGUCUGGAUUCUCGGGCCGGACCAUCUGCGUACCCUGACGGCGAACGACGCCGCGGCCAUUAAGAGUUAUCUGCUGAGCGCCAACAUCCUGAUCAUCCUCGCCGUGUACUUCUACCCGAAGCUUGUUUCGGCAAGAAAACAAGACGAUUACAGGGGAUCCAUUUCCUCCAUAUCGGGCGCCGACUUUGGCAGCUUCAUGCAGCAGCCGAGGUCGAGCCUGCGGUUCGAUUUCCGGGCCUCCUCGUGCGAGAGUGCCGGUUUUAUCCGGGGCUCUUCGGACGGACUCCACGGAGGAAGCAGCAGCAACCGAAGCUCCGAAAUGUUCGGGCGAAACGACGCCGACAAAAAGAUUCUGGCCAUCCCGAACGGCCGGGAGGUGAUAGUCGACGACGAUCACGACGGCCACGGCGUCGACGAGAACGACAAGGACAACGAGAACCCGGACGCCCCCUCCAACGCCAAAGCGCAGCGCAGAUCUUCGAUUCGCGUCGGGGAGAAAGCCGGAACAAAUGGCUUCUCCAAUACGGACCGGACCGUGCUCUCCCAGGGGGCCGAAGAAUAGACCUUGGCAUCAAACCAUACCAUAUCAGACCACACCACACCACACCACACCACACCACACCUCACCACACUACGCAGCAAGAGGAAGGGUGUCCGGGUGUGAUUCGAUGGACGUCUCCCUCCCUGGCUGGUUGGUCUUUGCUCGGGUGUCGGUGCGGUGCAGCCCAUUCCAUUCCAUUCCAUUCCAUUCCAUCGUCACGAAAGUCGUAGUUCGACGACUAUUGGAAGCAGGUGUUGACGCAACAGCAAAUGACAACGCAGCAAUUCAGAUUGCUAGUGAAAAUGGCCACAUUGAAGUAGUUGAUUCACUGUUGAGAGCAGGUGCUGACGCAACAGCAAAUGAUAACGCAGCAAUUCGGCUUGCUAGUCAAAAUGGCCACCCUAAAGUGGUUGACCUGUUGAGAGCGCACAUUGAUGCAGUUGACCGUAAACGCAAGCGCCCUUGAGAACUAUGCAAUUCAACUUGCUAGGCUUCUUGGCAGUGGUUCAUCAAUUGUUGAAAGAAAAUCGUGUUGAUGCAAAUGCCGUUGCCAAUAGAACCAUCGAAUGGCGCGCUGAGUCAAAGACUUCUCCGUGAUGAGCCAUUGAUAGACGAUGAGCGGAUGUUUCGUUGGAUUUUUUUUUCGAUAUUCAGCGUGAUUGAGACGACUGGCCCAUUGCUAUGAUUUGCCAAGUUGUGAAAGGGUGCGGUCAUGCCGAAUCCUGACGAGCCUUGCGAGCUCGGUGUCAAUGCACGCAUCAAGAGUUGCUGCUUGUAAGAUGGAUUCAAAACCACGAAUUGAAGCAUGAAAGCAUGACAGCAAUAAAAAUUGGACGUGUCAACCUAUAAUCGUACCUGGAAUAUUUCGUUUGUCUAUAGAAUUAAUUAUUAUUCAAUAUCAUCCACUCAAACAAAGACGCUAUCCUAUCCGAAUGUUCUCCCACAAACCGAAAACAUAAAAUAUUGUGUGGUCUGCUUGUGGCUCGACACCUGGGCAAAGAAGGAACCUACUCUUUGUCCUACAGCCGCGAAAUCCAUGGUCUUCGACAUGAAUGAGUUUGUCCAAUGGAUCUUCUGGGAAGGCGAAAACUUCUCCAUCAGCAUCAUCAUCAUCAUCAGCGUCGUCGUCGUCGUCGUCGUCGUCGUCAUCUUUUUCCUCCUUUUCACUCUCUGUUUGCUCCAAAUCUGGUUUGGCCUGAUGUUUGGAAUCGGCAACGAGACGUCGCUGGGACGACAUCCAGCAAAAGUCGAUUCCCGUCCAUGGCGUCCACACCUCUCAAACACAACUCAAGGUGCAAACGCCGCGCAUUGUCACAGCCCACCGGAAACACGACGACGACCAUUCUGUUUCGGAAAGACAAGGGACUCGAGGAGGCACAACAAGAUCGCCGGUGCAUGGUUGGUUUGGUUUGGUUUGGUUUGCGUCGCCUCGCCUCGCCUCGCCUCGUCCGCUGCAGCGGCCUCGGCGUCCACUCCACUGCAUUCCACUCCACUCCCGUUCCUUCCUAGGAAGAAGCCGGUCGCUUCGGGCGAAUGCAGGCACCAAAGUCAACCUCCUGGUUCGCAAAGGCAAAGACGCCCGCCGAGAGAAAGGACUCCUCCAUAAAGGCGGAGCACUCUUUCUCCAUGGAAAAGGAUUUCCUAGUGACUGUUCUCGCGGUGGUUGGCGUCACAGCGGCCGUCGUUGGUGUUCUUGCUGUUGGGGUUGCUGUUGCUGUUGCUGUUGCUGUCGGGGUUGCCGGGACGGUGGGGGUGGUUCUUGCCCCUGCGUUCGGAGGCGGGGUGGUCGGCCUCUGCGCCGUCAGUGGAGGUGCGAUGGACGCUGGCUCUCGUCCUCGUUCUCGUUCUCGUAGCAUCUUGUUCUUCUCGGAAGCGAGCGACGUUUUCAAUUUGUACGGUACUACAGUACUGGAUUGAUCGAAGUUUCACGCAGGGUAUGAAUAUGAAGUGUGCACGGGUUGCGUUGUGUUGCGUUGCGUUAGAGAAUGGAUUGAUAGAAAAAUAUAAAAUAUUAGUAGUACUCGUACCUGGUACUUGUACCACCGGUAUGUGUUUUCAACUUUUUGACUUUGACACCGCGACUCGUUCGUUCUCUUGAACAAACAUCCUCGGACCCUACGGUACGUACGGAGAAAGAAUCCGUACCAUGUACCAUACGAACUUGACCCGACGACGAACGACCACAGAGAUCAAGGAAUGAAUGAAGAAUCCAGAAUCCGAGAAGUUCUCCGAGGAAAAUCAAACGAAUCUCUUUCUGUUCGUUCACAAUUCGUGGUUCGUUGUCAAACUUCGAAGACAAAAGACAGACCCACCGGGACAUACCGGAAGGUACGAGUAUCGUACGCUUACGUACGAGGUGAUACUAUAUUAGUGUACGGUGUAUGCCAUGACAUGGUACGUACGAUACUCGGACUACGUACAGUAAGAGUUACUCGCAUCUGUUAUCUGUUUCCAGUACCAGGGAGCAUUUUUUCAAACCGUGCGUACGUAGUACGUACUUGGGUAGCCAAGUACGAACUGUACGUACGGUAUGUGAAACAAAAAACAUCGACUACAAAGAUCGUACGAAGGUUCUCGUACUUCUGCAUCGUACAGACGCACGCACUUCGCAGUGACAUGCCGAUGCCGCCGUGCUCGCUCAAAACCCCAAACCAAAACCAUCACGAGCACACACGAAUUCGAUUGCCUCGGCAACAGCUUGAGCAAAGAGAGCAUUGUGAUUCUAGCAAAACAAAAUUCUAAUCAGUGGCUUGCGCAGUAUUUCGAUGCACCAAGGGGGCGCACCAUUCCAUUGCAUUCCGUGCCGAUGGCUGAAAACUCGUCCAAUUGCAUGCCAUUAGAUUACACAAUCAAGUCCGUUCACAAACCAUGUCCUUUGGUCUUUGGUUUCGUUUCACUCGGAAGCCUUAUUUCCAGAACGUUGCUGCUUUCGUCGCCUCCGUUGGAUCGGGUUCUAUCACAGGACAUACUUGGUUUGUAAAAACAGUGCUGCUCUUACUUUCCUUCUUGGCUUCGUUGGUUGGUUCCAAUCCGUUCCUCCCGAUUGACUCGAUUCGAACCAUCCGGACCGCCCCGCCCGGCAACACACCACAAAACACAACACCGCACCGCACCACACCGCACCGC